AUGGAUCCUUCAACUUCAUAUCUCAUGCCUAACUAUUCAACAUUAGAUAAUACCAUGAACUCAAAUUCAUCAAUGAAUCAACCUCAUCAAAAUUAUUUUGUUCCAUUAGGGCAAAGUCUCAAUCCUUCCAUAAUUCCAAAUACCCCUCCAUUUCAUGCUCAAAAAGAAGAUGAUCAAAAACAGAUGGAAGCAAGGAGGUGCAAAAUUGCACGACAACAAAGGCGACAAAUCUUACAAAGGCUUAGAAGUACUCGUGCUUCUAAGACCUCUGAAGAUACAAUAAAGAGGCCUCCAAUUUAUAGAGAGAUCCAAAAACGAAUUCCACAUGUUUUUUUCACUUUAGAUGGAAAGCGAUUUGAAGAAAUUUUAACAAAGAAGUUAAGAAAUAGCGAUGUUAACAAGCUAGGCCGCAUUGUCCUGCCAAAGAGGGAGGUCGAGGAAAAGCUUCCGACGCCAAGCAAAGAAGGGAUCAAAGUUGUUUUAAAGGAUAUACAUUCUGGGCUUGAAUGGAAAGUGAAAUUCAAAUACUGGAUCAAUGUUAAAGCUAGAAUGUAUGUUCUCGAGAAUACAGUGAAUAUAGUGAAGCAUUAUGGAUUAUGUAUGGGAGAUUAUUUAAGCCUUUAUGAGGACGAAUCUAAAAACAUGUAUUUGUACACAAAAAAGGCUUCUGCUCAACCAAGACUUGAGCUAUUUCCUCGUGAAGAUUUGGUUAACCAUGGCCAACAAUCACCACAAAAUAAUGAUAUAGAAAUUCUUGCAUCAAAUGAAGGAAUUACAACUUCGUCUCUCUUGGAUCAGAACAUUGCUAUGGAUAAUGAUGGUGAUGGUGAUGGAGGUCAACAUAAUGGCUUGAAUGCACUUUAUGAAAAUCUUGAAAAUAUUUUUGAUGUUUAUUGGAAGUAA